GGUCGACGCCAUCUUGAGAGCCUGAUUGUUGUCAUGUUUACGUUGAGUGGUAAAGGUGAAAUUGUGGAUUUUUCUGGCUUAUUUAGAGCGAGUUUGAUGUAACCGCUGAGCUGGUGUUUAUCAACUCAUCAAAAUGUUUUACGCACAUUUUGUGCUGGCCAAGAAAGGCCCUUUGGCCAAGAUUUGGCUGGCAGCUCAUUGGGAUAAGAAGCUCACUAAAGCACAUGUAUUUGAAACUAAUAUUGAAAAGUCAGUGGAUGGAAUAUUGAAACCAAAAGUGAAGAUGGCUCUCCGAACUUCAGGACAUCUGUUGCUUGGAGUAGUAAGGAUAUAUUCGAGGAAGGCCAAGUACCUUUUACAAGAUUGUAAUGAAGCAUUUGUCAAAAUUAAGAUGGCCUUUCGGCCUGGCAUGGUGGAUCUACCGGAGGAACAUAGGGAAGCUGCUAUGAAUGCCAUUACUUUACCUGAAGUCUUUCAUGACUUUGAUACUGCUAUGCCUGAAUUAAAUGAGGUGGACAUUGAAGCCCAAUUUUCACUCAAUCAAUCUCGUGCUGAGGAAAUCACUAUGCGGGAAGACUAUGGUUCAUUGAACUUAGUGACACAUGAUGAUGGUUUUGGUGAUAUGGGAUUUGAUACAGAUAACCCAGAUAUCAUGAGAGAAGCUAUCGGUAAUGAAGCAGGAUUGGAGCAGAGUAACCUCUUGUUCGCGGACGGUUCGUCGUUAGAGCUGGGCGGGAAGGACGCGGGCGUGGCCAGUACAAGCGGGGCGGUGCCCUCAUUGGCUACGCCGGCGCACGAACGACGUAUGGAGGCCGCGCCGCAUGGACCCAUGGACGAUGGAUUCGGAGGCACCAUUGGAGAUGUUGCUGAUUUCGGACACGCGGGCGGGUUGUUCGAGGGGGAUUUGUUCGGGGAUGUGACUGCGGGAAGCAGCGGUGCAGGCGCCACUCCCGGCAUGCCCGGCGCCUCGCAGCAACCGCAGUCGCUGCAGGCGGAAAUAGACGCCGCUGGCGUCGGUGAAGGACAGACGGACGUUCCGACCGCGGCAGGGGAACCGCCCGACUCGGACGACGACAUGGGCGACCAUUACGAUGCGGGGAACUCGCCGCAACACAGUUGGGGCGGGUCUCCACCGCACGAGGCGGCGGUUGAACCAAUGGCGGAUGCCGCUAAGCUUAUGCCCCCGCCCGCGCCGCGACCUCCCUCUACUAGCCCUAUGGAGGUAGAACAACCGGACGUAGAGCCCGAACGACCGACUUCUCCCGCAAUUGAGACCGCGGCCGCAGCCGACAACACAACCUUACUGCACAACGACGAGGAGUCCUUUGCGCUAGCGCCUGUCGACGCCACCGUGCUCAAGGGUAUAACAAAAACGAAACGCAAACGCAAGCUCAUAGUGGACGAAGUGAAGAACAUAUCGGGCGAGGAGAUGAAGAACCAGUUGUCCAACACCUCAGAUAUAGUGACCACUUUAGACCUGGCGCCGCCUACUAGACGCCUCAUGCAUUGGAAGGAGACUGGCGGUGUGGAGAAACUUUUCGCUUUGCCCGCAAGACCUAUACCUUCAAGGGUCCUUUUCAAGAAAUACCAACGCAACAUGACGCUGCGUAGCGAGACUGAGGAAGGCGAGGCGCGUUCCCCAGACCCUGAGCCGGUGCGGCGAGGCGGCCGCAAGCGACGGCACGAGGAGUCUCGCCAACAGACCAUCCAACAGCCAGAGACACCAGCGCCACCUCCACCAGAACUCGAACCGCCCACGCCGAUUCCACAGGAAUACGAACCUUCAGUUGGCAUGUUGAGUUCGUUGGGACCCCCCCUGACCCCCGGCGGGCUGGGGCACCUGACCCCCGGCACGUUGCUGCAGGGCGGAAUUACCCCCGGUGGGUUGCAUCACGGCUCCAUCACUCCCGGUGGUCUCCAGCAUGGUGGAAUGACACCAGCUGGUCUCCAACACGGCCAGCAGCCGGAUCUUGGAGGCAUGACGCCCGCAGGUCUACAUCAUGGCGGUAUGACCCCGGGCGGUAUGACGCCUGGGCUGUGCUUAGACGGCGGUAUGACGCCAGCGGGAUUACAUCACUCAGGAAUGACGCCAGGUGGCUUAGACCAUGGCGGAAUGACGCCAGCGGGAUUACAACACGGGGGAAUGACCCCGGCGGGAUUACAACACGGUGGAAUGACCCCUGGUGGCUUAACACACGGGGGAAUGACCCCUGGCGGCUUACAACAUGGAGGGAUGACCCCAGGCGGCCUACAACAUGGUGGAAUGACCCCAGGCGGUUUACAACAUGGGGGUAUGACCCCGGGCGGCCUACAACAUGGCGGAAUGACCCCAGCUGGUUUACAUCAUGGUGGAAUGACUCCAGCGGGUUUACAACAUGGUGGAAUGACCCCGGCGGGCCUUCACCAUGGUGGAAUGACCCCUGUGGGUUUGCAGCAUGGCGGCAUGACACCUUCAGGAUUACAGCACGGCGGCAUGUUGCAACAUAGUAUGGAGCAGUUGCCGAUGUUGCCUCAAUUGGGCACCGAACCCGCGCUACUGCAGCAUCUACCAGAGCCAAUGAUGCCACGGGAAAUGUCAGAUUACCAGAGCGGAAUGGGGAUGACAAACUUAGGGUACGACGAUCAACAUCUACACGAGCAGCAUCAUAGUCCACAACAUGACUAUGAUCUACCACCGACGCCGGAAAAUGCGGAGGAAGGCGAGCGCGAAGCGGGCGAAACCGACGAGCAGUUUGAAGAGCGCGUCCUGAACAGACGCGCGGCUCAACUGUUCGCCGCCAUGAGGCCCAAACUGGCCGCCGGGCUGCAGCUAGGGUUCAACGACCUCGCGCCUCGUCACAACAACAGGAAGCAGGUGGCGCAGAAGUUCUACAGUUUACUUGUCCUCAAGAAGCAUCAAGUGUUGAAAUUAGAGCAACAUGAAACUUAUGGACCUAUUACCAUUAGUAAGGGCAACCAGUUUGAAACUGAAGCUAUAUAAAUAACAUACGUUAUAUAAUUACUAUUUAUACUGUAAAAUACUUAACGUUCCAUGGGUUUAGCAACACAAAGCUUACUACACUCAUGGAACACGCCUACAAAGAGAAUAUCAGAAUAAUAGGUAUACUCCUUAAAAGAUGAGCUAUAUGGUUGUUUGGUGAGGUUUAGCUGUAAUUGUAGAUUCUACGGACCUAGGUUGAGCCAAAAAUAAAUUGUGUAAGUUGGCCUUAUGACUCGAGUGCACAGAAAUGUUUACUUUUUAAAUUUGGACCAAAUAAUAUUACGAGUGUUGAUCUCAUAUAUAAAAAAACAGAUUGUGUAUGUAUCAAAGCUGAGUUUCUUUGUAUUCGAAUCAUAAGCGAGUGUGCGUACAGCCUUGACUUGGAAAAUUAUGUUCAAUAAACGUGACUUGUAGAAAAUGCCUUAUUUUUGUUUUGCGGUAGGCUAAAAUCAUGAUAGAUUAUAAAUAUUUACACACAACCUUGCAUGUUGCAUAUCAAUCAGCGAUGUUUGUAUCGGAGGAGACUUCGCAAGUUGUCAAUAAUUUGAUACAUAUGUAAAUUUGUUGUUGUUGACAGGCUUACAUUGUUUAAAGUUUCCAAUAGAAGAAAUAGUGUUAAUUGUUAACCUUCCUCAUGAAACCCGAAAUUAUGUAUUUUUGGUACGCCGCUGACGUGUCUAUAGAAAGAAAGAAAAAUAUUAUGUUAUGAUUUAUUAAACAUUAUUUAUAGAGUUGUAUUCUUCUCAAGGAAGUGUAGACAUUGAAUCUUAUUUUGUUGUGCCUUGUUGAAUAUGUUUUACCUUUGCAGCAUUACAUUGUAAAUUAUCUAAGAUAAUUUAUUUCUAUCUGAAAAAUCGGGUCAGUACCUGCAUCUUAAAGUUUGAUAGUGCCUGACUACCAAUAAUAAAAUUUUAGUUAGACUAGGAUAUAUUGAGUGAAAUUAUGUAAAAGUUGUUCGAAGUAAGUGAUAUCUACUAACACCAAAUAUUGUGAAACCUUUCCUAACCUAUGGUUGAAGUAGAUAUAUUUACUGUUUUAUACAAGCGUGGUAAUGUGGUGUAGUGAGUGAAUGAAUUUAGUUUUUACAUUUCUUUGAGAACUCGUUUCUAUUAUGGUGUGCUAUUUUAUUUGCAAAUUGAAUGCAAACUAUAUAUAACAUUAGAUUGUAUUCAUUUUGCUUACAUACAAAGUCAAUAUGCGGAAUUCUAAAAUAGAGCAUUAAGAAUGCCUGGACAUGAAUAAAUUAUAUUACGAGUAACAUAACAUUUUGUAAAUCAAAAUUUAAAUGUUUACCUCCCAUUCAAUCAAUUGUGGUGGCGGAGGUAGCCAUUUAAAUGCUUUUCAUUAAAACAUAUUUGCAAUAAAAUUUGUUGAAAAUA